AUUAAAAGUGUUAUUUGAGAAUUGGUUUUUACUUUAAUUCAAAAGGAUUGGGCUCCCUGAGUGAAUAUAAAAGGCCACGCCAUUUGACAGGACAAUGACCUUGGCUAAAUGCUUUCUUUUUCUCCCCCUCCGGUGUGCUCUGAUGAUCAGAGGGGCUGUUCAGAGGCCUGGAGUGAUCAGGGGUCAUCAAAGGGCAGCUGUUCUCUAUAAAGGGGGCUGUCUGGGGCUCCGUCUGCACAUAGCAUCAUUUCAGCCCAAGACCAGCUGGAGGAAGGACAGAGUUCUUUGACUCUCUCUCAAUAUAUCCAGAGUAGGUUUUGUUUCAGUUAAAAUGGAAGCCAGAGUCCUGUCAGUUUUCUGCACUUUCCUCUUCUGCUUUUUUGGAGUGGUUUUCUCCACACAGGGGCACAAAUAUCUUAAAGACCACAAGUCCAGCCUGGCAUUAAGAAACCUCUCAUUCAGUCAUCGCAGCAAAUAUCCUCUAUACAUGAUGCAGCUGUACCGCUCCUUCAAGAGCGCUGAUAUCUUACCAUCGUUAGCUGUCAGCAGCGCUCCAAUGCCAGAUCGCAACUCAUCAACACACACUUCUGACUCCGUCCUGAGUCUGAUGGGUAAAGGUUGCUAUCAAGUUGGUGAAAGAUGGACGGUCACGUUUGACAUGUCAUCCAUCUCUACUAGUGAGCUUGUCCAGCUGGCAGAACUUCGCAUCCGACUACCUGCUUUGUCAGGCUCUACGCGCGCCACUGUGGAUUUAUAUCACUCUCGAAAGCAAAGUUGUGACCCGCAGAGCACGCCGUGCCGGGAUGAGCAGCUUUUCUUGGGGAGCUUUGGCACAUCAGCCAGCACCACAAAGAAAGGUUGGAGGGUUUUUAAUGUGACUGCUCUGUUAAAAUACUGGCUGUACCAGGGAGAAAGAGGCCAGGCCGGCCAGGAGGCCUCGGGAGAACCUGAGGCGGACCAUGGGAGCGGUGUUGGGGAUAGAGGUGAGAUCACUGAGUCCCUCUUCAAAACCGUUGGACUGAGGCAAAGAAAAAUAGACCAUCCAACCACAAACAGGGUCAUGAUGGUGAUCUUCUCCAAACAUAACCUGCCCCAGGAUGGCCACAUGGCUUACAGUCUCAUUCACACUGUGGAAAACUCCAAGUAUGUGACGAUGGACAGAGCCAGCAGUGACAGACAAAGUCGUCGUCACAAAAGGAACAGAAUGGAGAGGAUGAGAGUGGCGGCAGGAGCUUCGCCCACUCCAUCAGCAGCAGCAGCAGAGCCGGCCCAGAGGCCUCUGUGUCGGAAGGUAGACAUGUGGGUGGACUUUGAACACAUCGGCUGGGACGAGUGGAUCGUGCACCCUAAGCGCUACAAUGCAUUUCGCUGUGAGGGAGAGUGUCCCACACCCCUGGAUGACUCCUUCAACCCAACCAACCAUGCAUACAUGCAGAGCCUCUUGCAAUAUCACCAUCCAGAAAGAGUGUCUUGCCCGUCCUGCGUGCCAACGCGCCUCAGCCCGCUCUCCAUGCUGUACUACGAGAACGACGAUCUGGCCCUGCGGCAUCACGAAGACAUGAUUGUUGAAGAGUGUGGAUGUCACUGAAGGCCGACACGUCCCCGGUUUCACUGCAGCGACGCGUAAUCGUGAACUUUAACUCAACUGCUUCUCUGUCUUGCAACAAAUGACAGCACAUAUCUGUUGAAUUUGAAUGACAAUAUAUUUCAUCCAUACUGGGUGGUUUAGUCUAUAUCUUUAGUAUGAUAAGCAAAUGUUAUAUGUUUUAUCUAUUUAUACAUUGUAAGGUAUGUUUUGUACAUAAAAUAUGAA